CGUCAGGAACGAUUGGGAGGCCUGGUAACCGUAGGAAGCCAUCAUGUUUAAUAAUAAAAGCGGGUAUAAGCCUGAAAAGCAUGUAAGAUCAUGAGAUUACAGUAAUAUAGUCUGUUAUUUGCACUUGAUUCAGAAAUGUGAAGGGAAAUGGAGAAACAACGAACAUAACGGCUGUGAAACUAUAGACUCCAGAAUACACCACUCGGUAAAUAAUCCUGGAUUUUGGGAUUUGGCAAAGUGUCAGAUUUCAUUAUUUACUUUCACAUAAUUGGUUGUGAAUUAUAUAUAGCUAGAACAGCAUGUGUUGUGUAAUGUAAACCAACCAGAUAUAUUUGUGGAGUAAUGUUUUACUGAGUAUAAUAGUCUAUACAUCUAGUAUAAAAAUGGACGGUGUCGAAGAUGAAGAUCGCAAGCGUCGUCUGCGACAGUUAGAAGAGACUAUACAAGAUCCACGUAGUAUUGCAAAUGUGGAUUGCCUUUUGGACACAGUUCAGGCAUUGGUAGCUGACUGUGACCAUCCCUCCGUGAAACGUAUGAAGAAUGUUGAAGCUUACAUGAAUAGAUAUGACAAAGUAGCUGCAUCUGUUUGUAAACUUCGUAUGAAAAUGGAUGACUUCUCACUUAUUAAGGUCAUUGGAAGAGGUGCUUUUGGUGAAGUGCAGUUGGUUAGACAUAAAUCCACUCAAAAGGUGUAUGCGAUGAAAUUACUUAGCAAGUUUGAAAUGAUCAAGCGAUCGGAUUCAGCUUUUUUCUGGGAGGAGCGUGACAUCAUGGCACAUGCAAACUCUCAGUGGAUUGUCCAACUUCAUUUUGCCUUCCAGGAUACUAAAUACCUCUACAUGGUCAUGGAUUACAUGCCAGGUGGAGAUCUUGUAAAUUUAAUGUCCAACUAUGAUGUGCCUGAAAAAUGGGCAAAAUUUUACUGUGCAGAAGUUGUUUUGGCAUUAGAUGCCAUUCAUUCGAUGGGUUUUGUACAUAGAGAUGUGAAACCAGAUAAUAUGCUUUUAGACCAACAUGGACACCUGAAGCUUGCUGAUUUUGGCACCUGUAUGAGGAUGGAUGCUGAUGGUUUGGUUCGAUCAGACACUGCAGUUGGCACUCCUGAUUACAUCUCUCCUGAGGUGCUACAGUCACAAGGUGGGGAAGGGGUGUAUGGACGCGAGUGUGACUGGUGGAGUGUUGGUGUGUUUCUGUAUGAAAUGUUGGUGGGCGACACACCAUUUUAUGCUGACAGCUUGGUUGGGACAUACAGCAAGAUCAUGGAUCAUCGUAAUUCUCUUCACUUCCCAACUGACAUUGAGAUCAGUCACAAUGCCAAAAGCCUUAUCUGCAGCUUCCUCACUGACAGAACAGGAAGACUGGGGAGGAAUGGUGUAGAAGAAAUCAAGUCACAUUCAUUCUUCCAAAAUGAUCAGUGGACUUUUGACAAUCUUAGAGAUUGUGUCCCUCCUGUUGUACCAGAGCUGGCUGGAGAUGAUGACACAAGUAACUUUGAUGAUGUGGACAAGGAUGAGAGUCCUGAGGAGAAUUUUUCCACUCCUAAAGCCUUUGCUGGGAAUCACUUACCUUUUGUUGGGUUCACUUAUUCUAGAGAUUACCAGUUGCUGACAGGAUGGAGCACCACUGACAAACAAAUCUUGGAUGUUGUGGAUACGAGUGUCCCAAACCACAUCUUGGCAGCACCAGCAUCUAGUAUGACUGCUUCAGUCCAGCAGGUAAACCAGCUCGAGGGGCAGCUGGAAUAUGAACGUCGCCUGGUGGAGACUCUGGAAACACAACAGAGGACAUUGCUGUCUCAGCUGGAAGCAGUUACACAGCGGGAAACCGAGCUGCAAGAAGAAGUGACGUUGUUGGAGAAGAACCUCACUAUCUUGAAGCAUGACCUCAAAGAGUCACAGAGGAAAGCCGAGAAUGAGUCAGAGGUGCGUAGGAAGGCGGAGUCUGUACUUCAAGACCUGAAGAGGAAGUUGGAGGAGGAACAGAACAAGAGGACAAGGGAAAUGAACAACAGUCAGCAAGUCAAUGACAAAAUCAAUGUGCUGGAGAAGCAGGUUUCAGACAUGCAAGAAAAGCUGAAAACAGAAGCUGAAGGUUCAACACGAUUAAGGAAGCAGGUUGCCGAACUUACAGUUGCCAAGUCAGCCAGUGAACAGAUGCAUGUGGAGCUGCAGGGAAUGUUGUCAACACUGCAGCAACAAAGGGAUGCUCUGCAGCAGGAGGUGGCAGUUCUUCAGGGACAGCUUACACAAGAGAAAAGCUCUCGCACACAGGCCUCUGAUCUGCAACAGGAGCUUGAAGGUCGUUUGCAGGCUUUGCAUGGUGAACUGGAGCAGGCCAAGCAGCGAGAAGCCAAGUUGACUGAAGAUAAUCGUCAGCUAAGUGAGAAGGUGUCAUCUUUGGAAAAAGAGUGUGCUUCUCUCAGCUUGGAGCUGAAAGCUGCUGAGAACAGGUAUCAGCAAGAAGUACGUGCACAUGAGGAGACAGAACGUAGUCGCUUGGUUAGCAAGGAGGAAGCAAACCUUGAAGUGGUUAAAGGCCGAAUGGAUCACAUUUUUAGAGCACUGCAGGCAAAGUUGAAUGAGGAAAAGAGUGCUCGCCAGAAGGCUGACCUACAGAGCCAGGAGAAAGAGAGACAAAUGUCCAUGUUGUCUGUUGACUAUCGGCAAAUCCAGCAGCGGUUACAGAAGCUAGAAGGAGAACAUCGGCAGGAAAGUGAAAAGGUGAAAGCAUUACAAGCACAAGUUGAACAAGAGCAGCAGAAGAAGUCUGCACUGCAGACAGAGGUGGGCAUAGUGUCUUCUGAGGCAGCUCAUCUCCGAGCAAGAGAAGCGCAGCUGACUCAUGAAGUGAUACAGCUCAGGGAGGGAAAGAAGUCAGUUGAGGAGGAACUGCACAAGGUGAAGACAGCACGCUCUGUUGAUGACCUCCAAAUGAAGGAACUGCAGGAUCAGCUUGAAGCAGAGCAGUACUUUUCGACAUUGUACAAGACACAGGCCCAGGAUAUGCAAGAAGAACUGGAUGAGAAGAUAAGGGCCAUUCAGGAACUGGAGGAAGAACGAGGCUCUCUAGCACACCAGCUGCAGAUUGCACUUGCACGGGCUGAUAGUGAAGCCCUGGCACGCUCUAUUGCUGAAGAGACGGUAGCAGACCUCGAGAAGGAGAAGACAAUGAAGGAGCUGGAGCACAAGGACUUGUUGGCUAAACACCGCUCGGAACUCGCCAACAAGGAGACAGUGCUUAACUCUAUGAAGGAAAGGGAACUAGAUUAUAAGAAGUCUGUGGAUCAGUUGCUGAAAGAUAAGGAUGAUGCAAAUCGUCAACUGAAAAUGAUGCAGGAAGACAUUGCAAAGGCAAACAGCAACAGUGAAGAGCUUGAGAGGCUGAGGAAACAAUUCAAGCAGGAACAAUUGCUGAAGAUGCAGGCUGUGAAUAAGCUGGCAGAAAUCAUGAACCGGAAAGAUAUGAGCAACACUGGCCGUAAGAACAAGGUCUCAUCAGCAGAUCUGCGGAAGCGUGAGAAGGAGUGCCGCAAGCUGCAGCAAGAGCUCACACAGGAGAAGGAAAAGUACAGCCAGAUGGCUGCAAAAUGGCAGAAGGAACUGCAGGAGUUGCAGUCGCAGGCACAGGAGGACAACUUGACACGUGUGCGAUUGCAAAUGGAGCUUGACUCUAAAGACUCUGAGAUAGAGCAACUACAAGGGAAACUAGCUUCCCUUAGCAGCGAAACAGCUUCCCUUAGCAGUGGUGGUGCUGAAAAUGAUGAUGAGCUCAUGGGACAAGAGUCAAGGCUUGAGGGAUGGUUGUCAGUACCUAAUAAGCAGAAUAUUCGACGGCACGGUUGGAAGAAGCAGUAUGUGGUUGUGUCAUCGAAGAAGAUAAUCUUUUACAACUCAGAGAAUGAUAAGCAGAACACAGAUCCCGUUCUUAUUCUAGACCUCAACAAAGUGUUUCAUGUGCGAUCUGUUACACAAGGGGAUGUAAUUAGAGCAGAUCCCACAGAUAUUCCAAGAAUAUUUCAGCUUCUGUAUGCAGGAGAGGGGGAGGCAAGGAGACCGGAUGAUGGAGGCCUAUCUCAGCUGGAAUUAUCAGUUCUACGUGAUGACAAACCUGGUACCAUCAGUCUCAAAGGUCAUGAGUUUGUACAGAUUUCAUACCACAUGCCAACAAACUGUGAGGUUUGUACCAAACCUCUGUGGCACAUGUUCAGGCCACCACCUGCAUUGGAGUGCAGACGGUGCAGAAUCAAGGUACAUCGGGAUCACUUGGAUCGCAAGGAAGACUCGAUUGCACCAUGCAAACUACAUUAUGACCCAAAUUCUGCCAAAGAACUUCUCCUUCUCGCAGCAACUUCUGAUGACCAGAAGUUAUGGACCCAGAGGCUAGGCAAGAAAAUACAGAAGUCUGGCUACAAGGCUAACAGUGGAGUGGAUGGAGCCAGGGUGUCUCCAAGAGAAUCGCAGAGGUCAAGCUUGAGGCCGUACAUACCACAGCAGCAACGUUCUGCAACUCUUCCAGCAAAUGCGUCUGUCAUGGGGAAGUGAGAUGCAUAUGUAAACAGAUACUGUGACCUGAACAUUAUCACGCAGUUAGUUUCAUGCUAAACCCAGGCACGCGUAUAGGAGCAACUGGUGUUAAUGUAGUUUAUCAGACACUGUGAGUAUAUUGGAUAGUAGGUUUCGGUGAAUUUCUUUGGGACUGGUGCAGUGCACCAAUAAGAAAGUACAUAGAACAGCUUGUAAUUAACUGACAGAUGGUAUAUACCAUACCACAACUCACAGGAUGUUAGAUUCAAAUGCAAAAUCAUUUUUGUAGGAGGUCACAUGUGAUGGUACAAAUGCUCUAAUUUAAAUGAAUUCAUAAAAUUAUGUGAGAUUGCGUGAUAGGGGUGAUUAUAAUGCUAUCACGACUGAAAUGAAACCAAAGUGUUUGCUGUUUUUUCAGUAAUAGUAAUAACCCUGUCUCAGCCUCGCUCGCCCCUAGGUGUUUCACAUUCCUACACUGUCAUAACCAAGUUGCUGCAUAAUUUAAAGUGAAUACAAAUGAACCAGUACUCUUGCUCACUUAACUAUGCCUCAUGUGACGACUUUCGUGCCAAUUAACAUAGUUAAGGAACUUGAAUCUCAGAAUUUUUAGCUUGAGGAAACUAUGAACUGGUGCCCAAUGGCACUUGUGAAUGAUUGUAAUAAUUCUUAAUGAAUGAGAGUGAGAGAAGUUUUUGAGUGCUGUUUUAUUCCGUGGCCAUGUUAGUGGUCAGUCAACCAUGUACAUUGUGCCUUUAACGUAACCAGGGAAAUGAGUGAGAAGGGGCAUAUGUCCACACAUAAUUCUCACAAGAUUUUUUUAUCAUGUUUGAGAUGAUUUUCUUCUGCCAGUGAUAUUUAUGAUGCUACUGCACUGAAGUCAUACCAUUUUAUUUACAAGUGUGUAAUAUUCAUAAUAUAAUAAUAUUGAAAAUAUAUUAUUUUGUAGA